AUGCCUAAUCAAUAUUCUGAUUUUUUAAAAGGUAAAGUGAUUAUAUUAAAGGAAAUUGAUUAUACAUAUGAAGAAAUUUCUUUAGAAUUAAAUAUACCUAUUUCAUCGUGUCAUCUUUUAUGUAUGCCUUGUCUAUCUUUAACAUCUUUAAAAUCUUUUAAACUAUCACUUUGUUUAAACAUAAUUUAUUUACUUAAAUUUGCUUUUAUACUUAUUCUAAAACAAUGUUUCAUUUUUUGUUUCAUUUACCAUAACAAUGUAAAAUUAUAA